AUGACGGCGUGGGAGGGUAACCCUGGCGCGGCAUCGACGCCCGAACGUGCGAUUUCGUUGACAGCGAACGCGGGCCGUAAACAACGACAGUGGAAGAUUAAUGGAAAAUACCGUAUGCCGUGGCCUGGCCCCGCUCUGCUCAAAGGACCAGGGCCAGCGGCCACAUCGAUCGCGGAUCUGUCAACGAAAUGGGAGGGAGAAUAG